AGUAAUUCAGUUCCUUCUUCUGUCCUUAGUGAGUUGGAUGACCGAAAUGACUCCCAUUUCUGUGAGUGAGAACUUGGAGAUACCGGAAAUUACAUCGAAUGAUAUCGAGAGCUUUUUCAUCAGUGAAAAAGAAGAAUCGGUUAAAAAACAUUCUUUGAAUAAUGCAGUCAUUGAAGAAGUCAAAGCUCGCAUUUUGAGUCGGCUGAAUCUGAAAGAGCCGCCGAAAUCCCACCCACCAAUUCCGGCAUUGCAAAGCUUUGACCAGGAAAGUAAUUCGUGGAACAAUGAGGCCAAUGCAUCAAUGAACAGCAAUGCGAAAACUGAAUUUCUGAAAUCUGAAAUUGUUCCCAAUACCUGUUUCCAUGAAACUGGACGCCAGUGUUUAAGAUUCCAUAUUCAAAUACCUCAACAUAUAUCAAAUGUGAACCGUUCUUCAGCUGAAUUAUGGCUUUACAAGAAAGAAGGAGUAACAGAAUAUACUCUUACUCAUAUAAUUGAUGACCCACUCAACAAUGCUCUCCAGAAGGUAUUCUUCAGCGUGGUAAAUCAAACGAAAUCUGCCGGAUGGACAAGAUUGGAUAUAACUUCCCUGAUGGGCCAAGUUAGAGCAAACGUUUUGGACUUCGAAGUUUUCUCAGACUCAGUAGAUGUGCCAUUGGAAUUUGGGAACGAUCAAAACCCCUUAUUGGUAGUGUUAUCUAACUCCGUUGGAGAAAAUAGGAGACAUAAAAGGCACGCUGCUAUUGAUUGCGAAGGUGAAAGCUCUUCCUGUUGUAGAAAAAUGGUUUACAUUUCUUUUAAAAUAAUUGGCUGGGACGAUUGGAUUGUCCAACCUGAAGGAUACAAUGCAAAUGCUUGCAUAGGAUCCUGCAAAAACAGAUUGGACUUGACAGAUAAACAUCAUGCUCAUGUAAUACUCAGGCUUUCAAAAGCUGGACAUAACUAUUCCGAUAUUAUUGACACUGUUAAUUGCUCCCCUAAGUCAUACAGUCCACUUUCAAUUAUUUACACAGAUGAUAAAGGCCUAAAGGUCAUUACCAAUCUCCCUGAUAUGUCUGUAUCAGAGUGCGCGUGUUCUUAAGCUUCUUUAGUUUUCAAAAAGAAAAGCUUGGAGCUUUGCUGAAGUCUGAGAUACAGAUGAUUUUCUAAAUCAAAGGUCAAAAAUUGUGAGAUACAAAUUGUCAGACCAGGAAAAGUCUAAAGAUUCGGAUACCAUCUUUAUUCACUUUACUUUCACUUCAAUUUUGCAAUUAUAAUUGGUUCUUUCUGAUGAAAAUCAUUGUGUAAUGUUGCUGCUAUGACCUAAAGUUUUCAUCGAAUAUCCAGCAGCAAUGACUUUUUUUCUGAAAGUGAUAUACUUUCAAUUACACAUCAGUACCUCACUUAUGCUGAUGUUUAAUGUAAUUUUUCCCCGUUUUCUGUAUUAUUGGCUAUCUAUCUCAAAGCAGUAGAUUUUGUUUAUUGACCAUGAACAUAUUGGCCUUUCUCAUAUGAUGAUCGAAUAAAGAUCUUUUCGCGUUUCUUUUAUAUGCUAUACUUUAAAGAUAUCAGAGGAUAACUCGAUUAAAAUUUCAUUCCCUGUAAAAAUUCAUCAAUAUUUAGUCAUUGAAAAUAUUCCACCCUUUUAAUAUUGGUACAGAAAUCGUUUGAAAUGAGCUAAAGUUAUACAUUUCUAUAAUCAAAAUGGAAACACGUCAAAAUCUAGUUCAUAUUUAUUUUAAAUUUGGAAAUUAUAUGUGUUGUAGAACUUUUCAGUUAAAAGUUUUCCAAAUUAAACAUGUGAAAUACUAAAAUAAAUGGCAAACAUUUAAGUGAGUUGGCAUUGUCAAAUUAAAACGAAAUCGAUAAAUUUCAUUAAAAUCAAACAGAAGUCUCAAUUAAACUUUUCGAAAAUAUCAUUUUAUCAUUAUUCCACUUAGGUUUCUAACCAAUAAUCUACUGCGCUUUAAGAGCCAAUGGCAGGAAACACCCACUCUUAUUGAAACUCAUAUAAAUCCCACCUAUUAUAUGUAUCUAAAAGUGUUUGUAUAUGUACUGUGAUAAACAAAAUAUUUACUUAUUCGUUUAAUGUUGAUGAAAUACUCCUACAUUUGUUGCGUCAUGUCUAUUAUGUUUCUAUUUGUUUGUACAUUUAAAUUGUCUUAGUCAUGAUUAUGAAUUUUUAAUUGUAUAGCUUU